CGAUUCAUCAGCAGAGAAUUGUCUCAUCUAGAAAAUGGGUUUUUAAUCACUAACUCUUUAAGUGCAUUCGCACCUUGAUUUAUGCCCAGUUUUUUCUCAGAAACAUGUCUUUGUAGGACAUCAGGUAUACAUAUAAUUAGAGUUAUAGGAUCUCUGCAUUGGAAGGAACCUUAGAAGGGAGCUUAUAGAGGGCUUUAAGGUUUGCACACGGCUCUUUUCACAAGAAUCCUAUGAUGCAGGUUCUCUAGAUAUUAUCCUCAUUUUACAUGAAGAAACUGAGCCUCUGAAGUUAAAGUGUCUUGUCUAGGAGUAUCACCCAGCUAUUGGUUUAUGGUGGGAUUCAAAACCCUUUUCAAUAGGUUAUAUAUUUUAACAAUGCCCUCCUGAGAUAGCCCGGCUGUGUGGCCGAGAGCUCUCCCGUUAGCUGACGGCCCAGGCCGCUGGCCAGCUUUUACUAGAAACUUUUUGUCUCCCAAGGGUGGAAUUUUGGAGCCUUGUGAAGUUCUUCCAUGAGGAGCCUCUGACUUCCCCCUCUAAGUCCGACCUAAUGGAUCGAGUUCUGCUUCCUCAAGCAACACAAGUAUCCUUCUCCUGUGGAUCUUUCAGAUAACUGGCCUCUCAAGGCACUGAAAUAGUUGAAUGAACGAGAAUCAUUGCAAGAGUCAGCCUUGUGAGAUGGUACAGCCCAACGGGGGUCCAUCAGGAGAUUACGGGACCCUUGGUGAAGGGUCUUCCUUGGGGAAAUCAGCCAUGCUGCAUCUCCCUUCCAACCAAGUCUCUCCAGAGGCCCUCCAGCGCUGCUUGGAGGAGAACCAAGAGCUCAGAGAUGCCUUACGACAGAGCAACCACAUGCUUCGGCAGCGUUAUCAAGAAUUCCUGAACUUUCAAGCCAACCAGAAGGAGGAGAAGGAGUUCCUCAUGCAAAAAUUUCAGGAGGCCAGGAAGCUGGUGGAGAAGUUAAACAUGGAGAAGCUGGAACUGAAGAGACAGAAGGAGAAGGCACUGCAAGAAAGAGAGGAGGGUCAGAUUCCGGGCGAGACGGAAAGAGAGGCUUUGAGGACCCUGAAAGAGCAGCUCGAGGAACGUUUGCGACAAUUUCAGGAGACCAAUGAAAGCCUCCAGAAAGAGAAAGAAGUUCUUCUCCUGGAGAACCAGGAACUAAGGAAGCAAGCGGCCCGGGGGCCGGCUGGGGAGAGCCAGCCGAGGACCAAGGACAGCGAAACCCAACCGCAAGGACUGCCGGAGACAGAAUCUUUGCAAGGGGCGAGUGGCAGGAGUGGUGAUUCAAGUGAAUCGCUGAAGAAGAAGAUGCAGGAUGUUGAGAAUGAGAACACGGCGCUGAAGCAGGAGCUGGUGUCCCUGCAGGGCAAGGUGGCCCAAAUGGCAGUGAGGGAAAAAGAUGUGGAGAGGAGGGCUGAGCAGCAGUUACAGGCCCUGAAGAGGCAGGUGGAGCAACUGACAGAAGACAAAGGCUCUGUGAAAGCCCAGGUGACCUCCCUGCUCGGCGAGCUGCAGGAGAGCCAGAGCCGCUUGGAGAUCUCCAACAAGGACAAACAAGUCCUAGAGGACAGAGCCCGGGCAGCCAGUGAGAGGGUCAAGCAUCUGGAGAGUGAGAACGAACAGCUGCACAAACAACACAGCGUGCAGGUGGAGCAGCUACGCAUGCAGACCCAGAACGUGGAGGCUGCCCUGCGGAUGGAGCGGCAGGCCGCGUCUGAGGAGAAGCGGAAGUUGGCCCAGUUACAAGUGGCCUACCACCAGCUCUUUCAGGAGUAUGACAACCACAUCAAGAGCAGCCAAGCGAGCAAUGAGCGCAGUAGGGGAAUGGAUCUUCAGUUGGAAGACCUUAACCAGCAGUUGCAACAGGCAGAAGAGGCCCUGGUAGCCAAACAAGAAUUGAUCGACAAACUCAAGGAGGAGGCCGAACAGCACAAGACAGUGAUGGAGACCAUUCCUGUCCUGAAGGCACAGGCCGAUAUCUACAAGGCUGACUUCCAGGCAGAGAGGCAGGCCCGGGAGAAACUGGCUGAGCGGAAAGAACUUCUGCAGGAUCAGCUGGAGCAACUCCAGAGGGAGUAUAACAAACUGAGGAUUGACUCGAAAGAAAGUACCCGGGCUGUGAACACAACUUUCUGCUUUCAAAGUAUUGAAGAUAUGAGAAAACGGCACGUGGAGAACCCCCAGCCAGCCUUGCCUCAGCCGGUUCAUCUUCUCAAUCAUCACCUCUCCUUUCAUCCCAUACCACCCGGCCAGAGGAGAAGUCUCCCAGAUGAACAACCAGAUUUUUGUUGUCCGAAGUGUCAGUACCAGGCCCCGGAUAUCGACACCCUGCAGAUACACGUCAUGGAAUGUAUCGAGUGAUUCCUGUUCCACCUGCCCUCCCGUACCCCGUGCUUGCUUUCACUUGCCCAGCCCUUCUUGAUACAACAUUAGUGAUCUCCACUUGAUCGUAAGCUUAAGAGAGGUGGUGGAACGGCCAUCCUUCAUCUAGUUUGCUCUUUGCCUGACCUGGCUUGCUGUACCUCACAUUGUGUCGAGACCUUUCUGGAGCAGGAGCGUCAUAGGCUUGAAGAUCUAGAAUUGGAAGCCAUCCAAUUUAUCCCUUCCCCCCCUUUAACAGAGGAAAAACUGAAGUCGAGUUACACAAGUAAUGGCCAUCAGAGAGAGCAUUUGAAUCUAGGUCCUUUGACUGGAGCCCGCACCGCCAUCCGAUUUUGUCACCUGUUGGAACAGAGGAAGCUGGAGCGGGGUUGUAGAUGCUACUGCCGGCCCCUCUUUGGGUGUUCUUGCCUUAGUCUGGGAGGGCCCCUUGACCCUAGCUCAUGGGGGGAGAAUUCCCAGUAUUUAUUAAGGCACAGCUGGCGCCAGCCUACCCUAGUUACCAUCUCUAAGGUGCUUUUAAGAUUUGACCUAGGUCACGUGCUCGCUCUCAUUGGAGCCCUUCAGCCCUCUUGAGGUGGUUUUUUUUUUUUUUUUCCCAUUUUACACACAUGGGGACACUGAAGUUCAAAAGUAAAGAGGCUUAUCCUCAUAUUUGGACCCAGGUCUUGCUGACUUUAAAAAGUCUAGCAUCCCCUCCCCAUAGAGAUCAAUCGGUUACGCUUUAGUCCAUGCUCGGGAAACCUAUGCAGUCAAUACCAAAGAUUUCCAUCUGGGGUUCUAGCACUUUUGGCCCACAUGAGCUUCUUUCUUGCUGCAUUCACUUUUAGAACGUGCCUUUGUCUUGAUUUUGACGCUUAAACUUUGUACCGAGUGUACUAGGAACUAAUGUGAGAUUAUUGAAUGUAAGGACUGGCCACUUUUUCCUGCAGCUUAGAACUUAAAGAGAUCGAGUUCAGCUAUAUGGUAGCCACUUCUGCCUGUGCUAAACUCAGUUUCCCUUUUUCCCUGUUGAAAGCCCAUUGGCUUUUAGGCCAACAGGAUGAAUCAGUUGGUCAAAGCAGAAUUCUUCACCAAAUGCUUCAGUAUAAAUAAAGCACAACACUCAGAUACUGGUAGAUUACUGAAUGGGGAAACUAGUCUCAUAAGAUUCAGGCUGCCUCUUUUUACCAUGGUUACAUCCUCUUCCCCAUCCCCCCCGUUGUCAAAUUGAGUAUAGGAGAACUCACUUUUAAGGGGAAAAAAAAAGUACAAUUCAGAGAUCAUAUGGGACAGUGCUGGAGUCAGCUGGGUCCUUGUCCUGCUUCCAGUGCUUAUUUCCCAAUCUUCUCAGUAGCUCUGGAAAGCGGAACACUUUGAGGCCACAAAUGGCCAUCUUUGUUGGCAAAAUUUCCACGCUGGGUGUUCUUCUGCCAAUCAACUCUGGCCAGUUCUGUUCCUGUCUAAAGACCACUUUGCUACCUCCACCCAGUUGCCUUAUCACAUUUGAGAUGCCUAUUUCUUUAUAGGAUUGCCCCCCUCCCCCCCAAGCUGGGACUUGGUUUAAUGCAAUAGGGAGAAAGUGAUUGCCAUUGAAUUUUUUUCCUCCACCUCCCCCCCCCAGAAACUACUAGGGGUGAUACAGAAAAUCAUGUUUGUGAAAAUCCAUUAAAUGAACAGUAGUGGUGAACUUUCGUAGUCUCGAGUGCCGGGGCCAUACAGAAAAAACAAUUCAAGCAGACACUGAGAAAUGAACGUUUUUAUUAAGUUAUCAGGAAUCUAGCCUAAGAUACAUAAAUUUAGCAACACCAAAGUCUGGGCUCUGAGAAAGUGCUCCGCUUCUUCCAGCCCUCCAAGCUGGGUUAAUGGAAGAAGCAUCAUAAAUAGAGCCCAGACUUGUGUUGGUGCACGGUCUGCUUCCCUCUUCUGGCCAAGUUGCUCAAUUCUUGGCCAGAAGGAGAAAGAAUGAAUAGCUUCGGGGGAAAAAACAUCCCAUAAAUAAUUCCUGAGUACACCCUGUCUCCCAUUACUGGUUUAGCAGAGUUUUGUUUCAGCGGUAUCGACUAACAAUCUAACGGGUUGUCAAAGUGUCCCUUAUCUUCAAUAAAUCACGUCAUUUCUUGUA